UGUGGGCCUGAAUCGGAUGGCCUGGAACUCGCCUUCCCGGCGACCUGUUUGGCAGGGCGGGGCGCCUCGCGAAGAUGGUGGCGCGCGGGGCGUGUGGCUCCCGUCGUCUGGCCAAGUCUCAGCGCAGCGCACCGGCCGGCGUCUCGUUGGCCUGGAGCCCACACCCACCGGGUCCCUGACCCCGCGCCCUUCGCGCCCGGUUCCCGGCAUGCCUCGCGCCCGUAAGGGCAACACGCUCCGGAAGGGUGGUCAGCGCCGUGGAGGAGGUGCCCGGAGCAGUGCCCAAGCUGACUCGGGUUCCAGUGACGAUGAGGCAGCCAGUGAGGCCCGCAGCACCACCAGUGAAUGCCCCAGCCUUCUCAGCACCACUGCAGAGGACAGCCUUGGGGGGGAUGUCGUGGAUGAGCAGGGCCAGCAGGAAGACCUUGAGGAAAAGCUGAAGGAGUAUGUGGACUGUCUCACAGACAAGAGUGCCAAGACCCGGCAGGGUGCUCUUGAGAGCCUGCGCCUGGCCCUAGUGUCCCGCCUACUCCCCGACUUCUUGCUGGAGCGCCGCCUCACGCUAGCCGACGCCCUGGAAAAGUGCCUCAAGAAAGGGAAGGGCGAGGAACAAGCCCUGGCUGCUGCUGUGCUAGGCCUGCUCUGCGUGCAGCUGGGCCCUGGACCUAAGGGUGAGGAGCUGUUCCACAGCCUGCAGCCUCUGCUGGUCUCUGUGCUCAGUGACAGCACAGCUAGCCCUGCUGCCCGGCUCCACUGUGCUUCUGCCCUUGGCCUGGGCUGCUACGUGGCUGCCGCUGACAUCCAGGACCUGGUCUCUUGCCUUGCCUGCUUAGAAAGUGUUUUCAGCCGGUUCUAUGGCUUGGGCAGCUCCACAAGUCCUGUGGUUCCUGCCAGCCUGCACGGCCUGCUCUGUGCUGCCCUGCAGGCCUGGGCAUUGCUGCUCACCAUCUGCCCCAGCACCCAAAUCAGCCACAUCCUUGACAGGCAGCUGCCCCGGCUGCCCCAGCUCUUGUCCAGUGAAAGUGUGAACCUGCGGAUCGCUGCCGGUGAAACCAUUGCACUGCUCUUUGAGCUUGCCCGGGACCUUGAGGAGGAGUUUGUUUACGAGGACAUGGAGGCCCUCUGCAGUGUCCUGCGCACUCUGGCCACUGACAGUAACAAGUACCGUGCCAAGGCUGAUCGUCGGCGCCAGCGCUCUACUUUCCGCGCCGUGCUGCACUCCGUGGAGGGCGGUGAAUGCGAAGAAGAGAUAGUGCGCUUCGGCUUUGAGGUGCUCUACAUGGACAGCUGGGCUCGGCACCGGAUCUACGCUGCCUUCAAGGAAGUGCUGGGUUCGGGCAUGCACCACCACCUCCAGAACAAUGAGCUACUCCGUGACAUCUUUGGCCUGGGUCCUGUGCUGUUGCUGGAUACCACUGCCCUGAAGGCCUGCAAGGUUCCACGCUUCGAGAAGGUUUGCACCCUUGGGCACCUUUCUCUUCCCCCAUUCCCAUUUCCUGGAGGCCUGGAAUUCUGUAGAGGCCAGAAGAGGACCCCCAGCCCUUUCCCUUCCCAGCUCCCCAGGGUGUCACUCUCUGUCCCCACUCUAGCACCUGUACAAUGCUGCUGCCUUCAAAGCCCGGACCAAGGCUCGAAGCCGUGUGCGGGACAAGCGGGCAGACAUCCUGUGAAGCAGGACCUGCUGAAGAGGAGACUUUCUAUGCCCUUGGUCCGUAUUUUUAACAGAAGACAGUGCAACAACUGGUCUCCACCAGUAUUUGUCACUUUAUUUUUUUAAUGACAAAACCAAAAACAGACAUGGGGUGGGUAGCUGGGGGCCCGGACACUUGGGACCUUGGCCCCUUUGUCCCUGCACUCAGCCCUGUGGCCCCUUCCUGUCCUGUCUCAGGCCAGGCUAAAUAUGUGCCUGCCUCAGGGCUGUGGGGCAGGCACUAGGGGGCCUUUCCCUUCCUUUCCUUUCUCAGGCCUUGCUCCCCCAGGAUGACCCACUCUUAGGGGGGGUGGUGGCAUCUGGACAAAUGCCACCACAGCAGGUGGGGAGGCAAAGCUACCUGGAAUGGAUUUGUGUGCUGAUUUUUAAGGAUUAUUACAGAUAAUUAAACAGAACAGUCAGCCUUC